GUCAGAUAGUGUUUGAAAUAUCAACAAAAUUUUCUUUGCUUUAGAAAAACUUUACGAAAAGUUUCGAAUAACUCGUGAUUUCCAUUUUAUCCAUCCGAAGGCAGGCCCAAAGAUAUUCGUAACGAGAAGAGAGAAUAGUAGUGCAUCAUUCGAUAGUGUAAAACAUUUAUUCUAAUCUUCAUUUUGCCUAUUGGAAGUGGUUCGAAAAAUGAUGAUGUUAAUCGUAUAAUUUGCUUCCAAUUGUUGAGCUCGACGUUCUGUAUUGGAUUUUUCCUAAAUUUUCCACAAGCUGAUUGAUUUUUUUCUACCAUGGAAGAACAAAUAAGCCAAGAUUCGUGUGACGUUGAGAUGAAUAACUCCAAGGGAGUGUUGCUGAAGAUAGCAAAUCUUUACGCGGAACAGUUGAUGUCCGACGUCUGUCUGGUAGUCGGUGCCAAUCGCUAUCCGGCUCACCGGGUUAUUCUGUGCGCCAGCAGCGAUGUGUUUCAGGUCAUGCUGAUGAACCCCGAGUGGAACGAGUGCCGCGAGAGUGUGAUCGAGCUGAAGGAGGACCCGAUGUGUUCGAUGGUGUUUCCUCAGUUUCUAAAGUACCUGUACGUCGGCCAAAUCAAGGUUUCCAUCCAGACGGUGAUGCCAAUGCUGGAGCUAGCCGAUAAGUACAACAUCAAGGACUUGGUGGAGCUGUGCGUAGAUUAUAUGCUAAAGCACGUAGCCAAAGCAGCGACGCAAGGUUACUUGGUGCCAUGGUUUCAGUACACCAUUGCGUUCGGUAGCAAUCACGUGGAGCUGACUCAGGCGUUGCAGAAUUUUCUCAAGUGGAACUUGGACAUUGUGUCGGAGUCGAAUGAUUUCAACGAGCUUUGCGGUAUGAUUCUGGUUCGUUUGUUGCAGCAAAACGAUUUGGUAAUACAUAGCGAGUUUACACUUUUUGAAUACCUGGAGAAGUGGCUGCUGUACAAGAAGGAACAGCUCGAUAAGGAGCAGGACAUGACGGAUGAGGAGAAAAUGUACGAACUAGUCAGCACAAUCGAGGCCGUCUUUGUGCACGUGCGCUUCGCGAUGAUGUCGCCUGCGGAGCUGGCACAGAUACUGGUGCGACCGAUAGUGCAGUAUCACAAGGAGUUCUUCGUCGAACGAGUUGCCAUCGGGAUGAGCUACCAUUCGGGGCAGGACGAUCGGAUUCGGGCGAUCCGUGCGCAGGAGAACGGCGCGCUUCAGUUUACGCCACGCCUUUACACCAGCUGGGGCUGCAGUAUGGUCAUCUGCGGGUUCGAGCAGAUUGAGAACUACGAUAAUUUUGUGUACUUUUUCGAUUCACAGAAGGAUUUGUCCGAAUGUCACGAAGAGCAAGGUGUUGGAUGGGUCAUUGAGUUCUUCCCUCGCGGUGUACGCUACCCACGUGCCAAGCUUAUAGGUGUUUACAACACGUUGAUCAAUUCGGAAAUACCUGAAUCGAUCAUUCGAACUGUGCGAUUGAAAGUGCUUUGUCAAGAGCGCCACGAAGAGGAGAGACGAUUUAUGAUCGGCGUCCUGAUCAGCGGCGUGCAGAACAAAAUCACCCACGUGCGGACGUGCCGCGUCCGGACGGCGUACUUCUCGAACGAGUUCCGCGUGCUGCACAUCGACAAUCUGAUCCCGUACGACGAGCUGCAGCUGAGCGCGGUCAACCUGAGCACACACCUGAUCGGCGAAAAGCGGGACACGAUCCGGCUGCACGUGGUGAUCGCACCGCUCGGGGAGUACGCAUGCAGCGAAGCGCCGCCGUUCGAGUUUCGGAACUUAUAACCCCGCACUGCUGUUGGGGCACGGUUGGUGCGAUGUCGUCGUCGUCGUCGUCCUAGGUUUCAUCUUGAUGGUUCCUAGGAACAGCGGGGGGAGUAGUGCCGUUCCGUUGCUGCGUGCGUUUUUGCGUUCGUUCAGGAGGUUAGUCAAUAUACUUAAAAAACACACACACACACCACGGAAACUGGCGGAGGAAAAGCCGGCUAGCUAGCUAGCUAGCUAGCGCAAGGAGCAAGUCAGCCUGGACACGUAACAAAACCGUCGAUUGUUAUUUUCUUUUUCUUUUAACUUCUGUCGUUGGCCCAGAAGGAGAUGCUUUAGCGGAUAAGGAAGGGUUUUCGUUUUUCAGAUUGUGCUCCAAAUAAUAUUCGUUUUUGUUUUUUCGUUGUUUUAAAACCGUACAAAAAUUUCAAUCGACCAUUGAAAAAACAAAACGGGCUCACAUAUUGUGACGCAUUGUGCGAAGUUGCAAAUCAGUUUAGGGUACAUGCAGAAUCAGAUGUACGAUAGUGUUAUGAUUCAUGUGCUAAUAUUACACAAC